GCGCGCUGGGCCAGUCGAGUCCGCGCCGCGAACAGCCGAGCCGCGGCUACGAACGCUACGCCGCGCCGUAGCACCGGCUACGAAAUACCUGUGCUACGAACUACCUACGCCAUAGUAUACACUAGCCAAAAUCUAUGUGCAUAGUGUAGAUGGUAAAAAGUGUGAUCGUUUAAAAGUGAUUAUGGAAUUGAGUGGUGAAUAGCUGAACUUGGACGCAGUCAGCGAGCUAAGAUUAAAAAAACGACCCAAUCCGAGAUACUUCCCAAGCUGUCACUCGGAGGCACUCGAACGAAAUAGAAAACCAUCAAACUGGAAAAGAUAAACUCACCUUCAACGCCUCACCAUAAAUCUAAACCUUAUUGCUUUCAAUAUAGGUCUAUAUCAAGUGAAAAAAGAAACAUCGGUGGAAACGGCAAAGGUCUACAGUGUUAUUUGAAAAUAUUCUUUGCUCCGUGUUAUUAAGACUUGUGUGGUUGUGCUCUCAAAUAUAAGUCUUAGUGGGAGGAGUUAAAGUGGUGAUAAGUGUGAAUCUUGGUGAGGUGACAAGGGAGCGACAGGUGUCGGCGGGGGGGAUGGCAGCGGCGGGGGAGGGGGGGUAGCAUGUCAGGUGCUGCCACCGCGGCCUGAUGGCACUAGUGCGCCGGAUACUAGGCGACGCCCAGGCGAAACUACGCAAGAUGGUGGACGAGCAAGUGUCAGUAGGGUCAACCAGGGAGACAGAGGAGACGGAGGCAGCCGACCCGCUCAUCACGCCCGCGAGCUCGGCGCUGGACCGCCCCGACCUGGACCCCCGCCCUGCCCCACCCGAGAGGCGCAUGCUGAUAGGCACGCUGGAGAAGCCGAGGUCCUCGCUCAAUGGGGAUAAGGAGGCCACACUGAACAGGGCCGCGAGACUCUCUAUCAGGAAUGGGAAGGAUAAUCCGUUUAUUGAUUACUCCUCGCCCGACGACGACAACAAAGAGAACCACGCGAACGGCAAGCUAGACUCGCCAGUCAAAUGGACGGCCAACGGCAGCGACAGCGGCACGUACGCCGAGGUGGGCAACGGGACCGCUACCACCACCACCAGCGAGCGGCAUGUUCUAGACCCAGCUGAUAGUAGUGAGGAAGAGGUGCCGCUACCUGACGCCAUCUCUCCGGGAAGAAGUAGUGAUGGGCCGGAGCCUAGAGCCGAUAUCACGGCGCAGCUUGAUGGAGGUAAGGCAUAUGCUGUUGUUUAUAAAGAUGUACACAUACAUACUCUCUAA